UGACGCGGUGAGGCGGCUCUGACGUCAGGCCCGGCCCCCCGGCAGCAUGGCGGCCGUGCCCGCGCCGGCCGGCCCGCGCUGACAUGGACCUCAAGGGCCAGUACUGGACGGACGAUGACUCCGACGGGGACAAUGAGUCCGAGGAGUUCCUCUAUGGCGUGCAGGGGACCUGCGCCGCUGACCUGUACCGGCACCCGCAGCUGGACGCCGACAUCGAGGCGGUGAAGGAGAUCUACAGCGAGAAUGCCGUGGCCGUCAGGGAGUAUGGGACCAUCGAUGACGUGGAUAUCGACCUCCAUGUGAACAUCAGCUUCCUCGAUGAGGAGGUGGCGACGGCGUGGAAGGUGCUGCGGACGGAGCCCAUCGUCCUCCGCCUGCGCUUCUCCCUCUCCCAGUACCUCGAUGGCCCCGAACCGUCCAUUGAGGUUUUCCAGCCAUCCAACAAGGAGGGCUUUGGGCUGGGUCUGCAGCUGAAGAAAAUCCUGGGCAUGUUCACAUCCCAGCAAUGGAAACAUCUCAGCAACGAUUUCCUGAAGACCCAGCAGGAGAAGCGGCACAGUUGGUUCAAGACAAGCGGCACCAUCAAGAAGUUCCGUGCUGGUCUCAGCAUCUUCUCACCCAUCCCCAAGUCUCCCAGCUUCCCUGUUAUCCAAGAUUCAGUGCUGAAGGGCAAACUGGGCAUCCCUGAGCCUCGCGUGAACCGCCUGAUGAACCGCUCCGUCUCCUGCAUGGUGAAGAAUCCCAAGGUGGAAGUUUUCGGCUACCCACCCGCCAGCACCCAGGCAGGUGUUGCCCCCUUCAACAUCCUGGUCGGUGGUCACUGCAAGAACAUCCCCACCCUGGAGUACGGCUUCCUCGUGCAGAUCAUGAAGUACGCGGAGCAGCGGAUCCCGACGCUCAAUGAGUACUGUGUGGUGUGUGAUGAGCAGCACGUCUUCCAGAACGGCUCCAUGCUGAAGCCAGCCGUGUGCACCCGGGAGCUCUGCGUCUUCUCCUUCUACACCCUGGGUGUCAUGUCCGGUGCGGCUGAGGAGGUGGCCACGGGUGCCGAGGUGGUGGACCUGCUGGUGGCCAUGUGCCGCGCUGCCCUCGAGUCCCCUCGCAAGAGCAUCAUCUUUGAGCCUUACCCCUCCGUGGUGGAUCCCAAUGACCCCAAAACUCUGGCCUUCAACCCCAAGAAGAAGAACUACGAGCGGCUGCAGAAGGCCCUGGACAGUGUGAUGUCCAUCCGGGAGAUGACUCAGGGGUCCUACCUGGAGAUCAAGAAGCAGAUGGACAAGUUGGACCCCCUGGCACAUCCCCUCCUGCAGUGGAUAAUCUCCAGCAACAGAUCCCACAUUGUCAAGCUGCCUCUCAGCAGGCAGCUGAAGUUCAUGCACACCUCCCACCAGUUCCUCCUGCUCAGCAGCCCCCCGGCCAAGGAAGCCCGGUUCCGCACAGCCAAGAAACUCUACGGCAGCACCUUCGCUUUCCAUGGCUCUCACAUUGAGAACUGGCAUUCCAUCCUCCGCAAUGGGCUGGUCAACGCCUCCUACACCAAACUGCAGGUACCAGUCUGCUCCCUGCACCCAGCACACCCCAGGGCAGCAGGCGGGCAGGGGAUGGGCAGGAAGGCAGGGAGGGAGCAGACAUUGGGAAGUGCCAGGCUUCCUCCACUACCACCAUACCCAAACUGUUGGGGUGAUCCCACCACGCUCACCCUGGUAUUUUCCUGCAAGCUGCAUGGAGCAGCCUAUGGCAAGGGCAUCUAUCUGAGCCCCAUCUCCAGUAUUUCCUUUGGAUACUCAGGAAUGGGGAAAGGGCAGCACCGGAUGCCGUCAAAGGAUGAGCUGGUGCAGCGGUACAACCGGAUGAACACAAUCCCCCAGACCCGCUCUAUCCAGUCCCGCUUCCUCCAGAGCCGCAACCUGAACUGCAUCGCGCUUUGUGAAGUGAUCACCUCCAAGGACCUGCAGAAACAUGGCAACAUCUGGGUCUGCCCUGUCUCGGACCAUGUCUGCACACGCUUCUUCUUUGUGUACGAAGAUGGCCAAGUGGGAGAUGCCAAUAUCAAUACUCAGGACCCCAAAAUCCAGAAGGAGAUCAUGCGUGUGAUCGGGACUCAGGUGUACACAAACUGAGUGGUGGCGGUGGGACCCUGGGACCCCCCAGGCACCGAGUGAGCCCCCGGGCAAGGCUGGGCAGGGGCCGAGCAGGUUUUGAGCCCCCCGGGCA